CCGCUUACAGCUCACACAACAAAAUUAAUGUUUAUACCGGUACCGGCGAGCGGCAAUACACCGCGCCUUAGAAUAUGUAAUCAGUUCAGUCACAGGCCACAGCACAGUCAGUAUCGAACGUCAACAAGACAUGGCUUUACGUCCCCAACUCCUGCGCAACUUAGUUUUCAAUGGACAGCAAGUUAGACAACUGCACGAGCUGAAAACAGGACAACGAGCAGGUGUUGAGAAGCUUCGAGAAGUUUUAGAGGAUAGGUUGAAGGAAAUAAAGAGAGCUAAAACCUGGAAACACGAGAGAAUCAUUACUUCACCACAAGAUAGGAAGGUUCGAGUGAAAGGAGUGGAAGGUGACUUUCUGAAUUUCUGCGCAAAUAACUAUCUAGGCCUUUCGAAUCACCCUGAAGUGGUAAAAGCUGCACAAGACAGUCUAAAGAACUAUGGCGCCGGUCUUAGUUCUGUAAGAUUCAUCUGCGGAACACAGACCCUACAUAAGGAACUAGAGGACCGCUUGUCCAAGUUCCAUCAGCGAGAGGACACGAUCCUGUACGGGUCAUGUUUCGACGCCAAUGCCGGUCUCUUCGAGUCCAUGCUCACUCCAGAAGACGCCGUGUUCUCCGACGCACUCAACCACGCUUCCAUCAUUGACGGCAUUCGCUUGUGCAAAGCGCAGAAGUUCCGCUACCCCCAUAGAGACUUAAAUGAGCUGGAACAUCUUCUGGCUCACAGCGAAGCAAGAGUCAAGCUGAUAGUAACAGACGGCGUGUUCUCGAUGGAUGGUACCGUGGCGCCGGUGAAGGGUCUCCGGGAACUUGCCGACAGGUAUCGGGCGUUGCUUGCCAUCGAUGACAGCCACGCCACCGGAUUCUUCGGAGAAACUGGCAGAGGCACGGAAGAGUUCUGCGGCUUGAUGGGUGCGGCAGACAUCAUCUGCUCAACCCUGGGCAAAGCCGUGAGCGGAGCGGCUGGUGGAUAUACUACAGGACCAAAGGAACUGAUCACUCUGCUGCGGAACGUCUCCAGACCAUAUCUCUUCUCUAAUGCUCCACCACCACCCGUUGUUGGAGCUUCUUUAAAGGCUCUAGAUCUGGUGGAGCAAAGCGACGAACUUCGACAGCGUCUGGCGGAGAACACUCGCAGUUUCCGCGAGGGUAUAAAGGCUGCCGGACUAACAGUUGCGGGUGAUGAACAUCCGAUAUGCCCCGUGAUGGUUGGUGAUGCCCCGCUCGCUGUAGAGCUUGCUUCGAAAAUGCUACUGAAAGGAAUAUACGUGGUAGCAUUUAGUUACCCAGUAGUGCCAAAAGGUGCCGCUAGAGUCCGUGUACAGAUCAGCGCUGCUCACACUCCAGAUGAUGUCAGCAAAGCCGUUCAGGCUUUCGCCGAAGUUUCUAGAGAUAUUGGACUUGUGAAGUAAUAAAUCGUGUUAAAUAUGACAACUGUCUUACGACGGAUAGAAUGGCGUUUUACAUCGGUAUUUCAGUUGCAUGAUUUAAAAAUCAAAAAUCUUCCAAACAGAAAAAAAUGCAUCAGAUCGAUCCAUUCAUUUUGGAGCUACGAGACAAACACACAAUGUGUGUAUAUGCUAUAUAUUAAAAUCAUAACAUCCGUUUUAUGCGUAGAGUUUAGAGGGGAUAUAAAGAACGUAAGCGUUAAUUCAUUUGUUUUCAAAAAAAGUGACAAUUUAGUACUUAGAUAAUUCAAUCGCUUACAAACUUAUUAUAUUAAGAAAUUUAUAAAAAAUUAUCCCCAUUUCUUCUAUUGUAACGAUUGGAAGAGGACAAACAAGUAAAAUAAGGGAACUUAUAUUGAUUUUUAUAAGUCUCUUCUAUUUUCAGAAAAUAUCUUUAACUACUAUUUUCAAAAAAUAUUGAUGAAGAUAUAAAAAUAAGAUUACAUGCUAUGUACGAUUUAGCGUUUUUUUUUUAAAUAUAUAGUCUUCAAAUAUGUUAUUUGUUGAUUUUUUACUAUUUGUAUAUAAAUAUAAUUAAAGUACUUAUAAUAUA